AGUUUGUCUCUUUCACCAACAGAAAUUCGACUAAUAAAAGGUAUUACCUCACUCAUCUUGUCUCUCUGUUUAUUCUUGACAUUAUUUCAGCAAAUUGUGCAGUCAGUAGAAAAAGGUAUGUAAGAAGUGUAACACUGUUUGAAAUCAAAUGGUAUUAAAAUAUUUUCAUUAGAGCAAAUUGCCAUGUUCAGUAUAUUGUAGGAUUGCCAGUAUUCAGCAAAUCUGAAUUUUUGUUAAUGGUACAUUAGUGAUAUGUUUAGAGGGGGUGUAAUAUUAUCUAAUAGUCACAAGAUGGCAAUAGUACAAAUAGUUUUACAAGCUUGAUUUUUUAAGGAGUUUUAGCUCUGCAAUAGUUCCAGGAAGCUGUUGCAUUUCACAAUAAAGUUUGUUUUCUAUCUGACUCUGCACCUAGAAUCAUUUAAGUGCAGGUCCACAGCCUGUAUUGAUACACAAGCAUAAAACUGCAGUCUUCUCUUUUCCAGUUGGACAUUUGAUUAUUUUAUUUCUUUCUGACUUUGGUUCUCACAAUUUCAUGAUGAAAAGCUUCUUCUUGUCUCUGCUAGUAGGUCUUCUUUUCAGUAAAGACUAUGUUAAACCCACAGAAAUAGAUGGGAAGAAGAAAUGGAAAGGUGAAGGUACCACAUCUAACCUGGAGAGCAUUGUAAUUGGAAGGUGUUAUGAAUAUAUUAGAAUUGUGAAUCCAAGUGUUGGUGAGAAGAACUGUACAGAGAUAUGGGAAGCUUUCAAAAAGGCUUUUAUUAAUAAAGAUCCUUGCAACAUUUUACCAUCGGACUAUGAGUUAUUUAUUAACCUGUCACUGCACACAAUUCCACCUAACAAGUCUCUGUUCUGGGAAAAUAACCAUCUGCUGGUCACUAGCUAUUCUGAUAGAACUCGUCGCUACAUGCCUCUGUGUGAUACUUUAAUUGGUUCAUUUGGAGAUUUCCUGAACUGGUGUGGACAAGCAAACGAUACUGGAUUUAAUUAUGAUUCCUGCCCUAACACAGAAGAGUGUGAAAAUAAUGCAGUAGAAUCUUUCUGGAAGAUUGCAUCAAUCACUUAUGCAAAGCAGAGCUCUGGGGUAAUAUACAUUAUGCUGAAUGGUUCUGCGAUAGGGGGUGCCUAUCCAGUCAAAGGUUUUUUUGCAGACUAUGAAGUGCCUAACUUCCAAAAAGACAGAAUUUCACGAAUUGAAAUCUGGGUCAUGGAUGACAUUGGGGGACCUGACUUGGAUUCCUGUGGGAGAGGCAGUGUACAAAUAUUAGAAGAAAGACUCAAAACUAUGGGUUAUGACAUCACCUGCAUUGACAAUUACAAAUCUGUACUGCUGUUAAAGUGCCUGGAUUAUCUUAAUCACUCUGAUUGUUCCAUUGUUUCGUCUGCACCUUCAACACAAAGAGGACUUGUAUCUCCCGCCAGAGGCGGCAGCUGGAGCAGGCUCAUUUACACGAUUUUUGUAGCAUUUGUUUUUGAGAUCUGCUUUAACCCACUGAAUUAAUGACUGGAAAACUGUUUUCAAUCCAGCUGCAGUGAGGAGACACCAAGCACAGUCUUGACUGUCUGCUGAGCUAGCUCCAUCU